UUGUAAUUUCUUCACAUAGCAGCUACUACAAGCCACACAUUAGUAUAUAACCCCUUUACUAUCUUCCCUUCCUCCUUAGCAACAUUUUAAGUUGCAAAAAUCACACAACUUACACCAAAAAAAAAAAAUUCAAUAAAGAGAAUUUUAGCAAAUAUUAUAUAUUUUUUUUAAAAAAAUAUGAAUAAUCAUCUAGUAUCUAUGUUGAAAUUAGUCCAAAAUGACCCAUUAAUCAUGGUUAUGUUGUUCAUAGCACCUAUGUUAUUAUUGGGAAUCAUUUCAAGGCUAAGGCGAAAACCAUACCCACCGGGUCCAACGGGUCUACCCAUCAUUGGUAAUAUGAUGAUGAUGGACCAACUAACCCACCGUGGGCUAGCCAAGUUAGCCCAACGUUAUGGUGGGCUUUUCCACCUCAAAAUGGGUUUUGUUCACAUGAUGGUAGUAUCCAGCCCGGAAGAGGCUCGUCAAGUACUUCAAGUCCAAGACAAUAUCUUCUCAAACCGACCCGCUACUAUUGCUAUAAGUUACCUUACUUAUGAUCGGGCCGACAUGGCUUUUGCCCAUUAUGGCCCGUUUUGGCGUCAAAUGCGUAAACUUUGUGUUAUGCGUCUAUUUAGCCGUAAACGGGCCGAGUCAUGGCAAUCGGUCCGUGAUGAGGUUGAUUACAUUGUCAAAACCCUAGCUAGUCGAACCGGGUCACCGGUUAACGUAGGUGAACAUGUAUUCAAUCUUACUAAGAAUAUUAUCUAUCGGGCCGCCUUCGGGUCAAAUUCUUCAGAAGGGCAAGAUGAGUUUAUUGCCAUAUUACAAGAGUUUUCAAAACUUUUUGGUGCGUUUAAUAUAGCGGAUUUUAUACCAUAUCUUACGUGGGUUGACCCGAAUGGGCUCAAUGAUCGUCUCGCUAAGGCCCGGAGUGCGUUGGAUGGGUUUAUUGAUAGGAUUAUUGAUGAUCAUAUUAGUAAAAAGAAGGGUAUGAAUGGACAUGUAAAACAAGAAGAUAAAGGUGAAGAAGAUAUGGUGGAUGAUUUGUUAAACUUUUAUAGUGAGGAAGCUAAGGUAAAUGAGUCUGAAGAUUUGCAAAAUGCUAUCAACCUCACUAAGGAUAAUAUCAAGGCCAUCAUCAUGGACGUCAUGUUUGGUGGAACCGAGACAGUAGCAUCAGCAAUAGAAUGGGCUAUAACAGAAUUAAUGCGAAGCCCCGAGGACAUGAAACGGGUCCAACAAGAACUUGCCGAUGUUGUUGGUUUACAUAGACGGGUCGAUGAAUCGGAUCUUGAUAAGCUCCAAUUCUUCCGUUGUUGCAUGAAGGAGACCCUACGCAUGCACCCACCAAUCCCACUCUUACUCCACGAAACAUCUGAAGAUGCAACAAUCGGAGGGUACCACAUUCCAAAACAGUCUCGGGUUAUGAUCAAUGCAUGGGCUAUAGGUAGAGACCCGAAUUCAUGGUCGGAUCCUGAUACCUUCAAACCUUCAAGGUUUCUUAAAGAGGGUGUACCCGAUUUUAAAGGGGGUAAUUUCGAGUUCAUACCAUUCGGGUCGGGUAGAAGGUCUUGUCCGGGUAUGGUACUCGGGUUAUAUGCACUUGAAAUGUGUGUUGCUAAUUUACUUCAUUGUUUUACAUGGGAAUUACCGGAUGGUAUGAAACCUAAAGAACUUAGUACAGAUGAUAUUUUUGGACUCACUGCACCACGAGCCACACGACUUAUCGCGGUACCUAGUUCACGUUUAUCAUGCCUAAUUAAUUGAUCAUCAUCAUCAUGAUAUGAUCUUGAUCAUGAUCUUAUAAAUGUCAUGAUUGAUGAAAGAAAACGUAAGUUGUUUCACUCACAAGAACAUUGCAAUAAGGAUUGAAGAGAGUAGUACGCAUUUGAUUUCAUAUUUGGUCUUCUAUAUGCAUGUAAUAUUUUAUUUUAUGUUUUGACGGGUUGAAAAAUGAAUCACAUAUAUAUGUUAUUUUGCAAACAUAAAUUUAAGGUCUGAUUCAAAUUCAUU